UCUGCGUCAUUUCACUGUUUCACAGCAAAAUGUUUUCGUGGUGGUUACAUAAAAAAUUUAAUGACAAUGUAAUGUUCAAAGUGAAAGAGGAGUAAGCAAGAAAGAUUAGAUAUUUCCAUCCGACGCUCUCUAUUUAGACAUAUACUAAACAAUGGUUUAUUCAACGUGUGAGGGUAAAUAACAUAUUCAAAUAAUCGUGAUUGGAUUUUUAAAGAUGGCUACUCCAAGUGAAGCCCCUGUGAGUGAAGCAAAGAAAACGUCAGAUGAAACCGAAAGUCUCGAAAGAAAUUCCAACGAAAACGCAAAUGACAAGUUAGCGGAAAAGAGUAACCUUCACGAAUCCACAAAGGACGAUGAUUCCUCAGGAAGUGAAUAUGAAUCGGCAGAAGAGGAUCAGAACAUUGUAGAUGACGAAGACGAGGAAGUGGAAGAGAUCCUGACUGAGGAGGUCAAAAAAGAAAGAAGAAGUGAAGCACAAGUUCAGAAACAGGAAGGAAAUGAUUUCUUCAAGAAGCAGGAAUAUGAAGAAGCUGUGAAAUCGUAUAGUCGAGCACUUAGAUUAUGUCCCAAGGACUAUGUCAAAGACAGAUCCAUUUUAUACUCAAACAGGGCAGCAUGUAAGAUGAAAAAGAAUGAGUAUGAAGAAGCAAUCGUAGACAGUAACAGUGCUUUGGAGCUUCAUCCUCAGUAUCUGAAGGCAUUGCUACGUCGAGCAGAAUUAUACGAGAAAGUAGAAAAGCUGGAGGAGGCGCUGGCGGACUACCAGAAGGUUGUAGAGAUGGACCCCUCACAGCACACAGCCAGGGCUGCAUGUAUUAGAUUACCAGACCAGAUCAAAGAGAAAAAUGAAAAGAUGAAGGAAGAGAUGAUGGGAAAGUUGAAGGAACUGGGAAACAUGGUGCUGAAGCCAUUCGGACUGUCCACGGAUAACUUCCAGCUGAACCAGGACCCAAACAGUGGGGGUUAUAGCAUCAAUUUCAAGCAGGGUUCCCCCUCAUCAUGACACAACUGAUUCCCAGAAUUCUCUGUUCAAUGAUCUGUGUAGUGCUGGCUGACUCCGUAAAUGUUUCAUCUGUCUUUCAGAAGAUUGUUUUGUGCACAGUUAAUCGUUUCCUCAGUGUGAAUGUGGAUCAGGAUGAAUAUUUGUACAAUGCUAUAAGCAGCUUUACAUUAUGUUAUGUACAUGUUUGUAUGAUUGAGCUGAAAAUAAAAUUGAGUGUGCAUGGAUA